AAGAAGAGGGGAGGGAGAGAGGAGUCAACUUCUGCGAGGGGAGGAAACCGACGGAUAUUUUUCGCCUGAGCGACAAAAGCCGUCAACUCUGGAAUCAGUGUGCAAGAUGCAUCCUCUAAAGGCAAACGUCGACAAACUGUCAGGGGAGUAAAGCCUUGAAGAACAGGACAUCGAAUAUGCAAUUAUUUUGCAUUCAGUUCUACGCAUGAAGUUAAUCAGAAGACUCGUAGAAGAACAGGUGGGCAAUGUGAUUCCAAAGUCCAUGACUUCACUUCAACGUCCCACUCCUUCUCAGAAUGCUGGACUGACUGCUGAGGAAUGGCAUCGGCGAUAUUCGAGGGGACGUCUCUGGUCAACAUGUUUGUCAAGGAUUGCUGGGUGAACGGGAUCCGGAGACUGAUCAUAAAUCAGCGAGGAGAGGAAGAAGAAUUCUACGAGAUCAGAACCGAGUGGUCAGACAGAAACGUUUUGUAUUUGCACAGGAGUUAUUCCGAUUUUGGGAGAUUGUUCAAAAGACUGGUUGAAUCAUUCCCUGAGGACAGAAGAGCUCUCUCCAAGUCGCCGCUUAUCGAAGGUCUGGUUAAGAUUAAAGAGGCCAGUGACAUUGAGCUGAAACUAAAUGAGGUGGAGAAGCUACUGAAGAAUGCCAUCAACAUGCCAUGGAAGUAUUCUAGGUCAGAGGUGGUGUUGACAUUCUUUGAGCGAUCACCGCUGGACCAAGUGCUGAAGAAUGACAACGUCCACAAGAUCCAGCCAUGCUUCCAGAGUCCAUACAAGAUAUCAGAGAUCAUGCGUUCCAAUGGCUUCUGUCUGGCCAACACUGAGACAAUCGUGUUUGAUGAGAGUCUGCCACAGGAUGCAGAGAGACCCUCAUCCACUGACUCUGCUGCUGGCUCUGCAGAACACCUGUACGAGGAUGGCAGGGAGUUCCUGACUGUGGAACCAGACAUCAGUGACGAUGACUCCGAUGCCUACGUCACAAACCUGUCUUACUACCAUCUGGUCCCCUUUGAGACGGACAUCCUGGAAUGAGGAGCCAAAAUGGCUGACGGUUAGCAUCACUGCCUGCUCAGAUGCUGUCAGAAACCAACCCAUGUCAUGUGACCUAGCUGUGGGCAGCUCUGUCCAGCAUGUUGGCCACAAAUGUUACAGUAGCUGCACAACUGCACCGAAUAACUUUGCUACUGCUGCUUAUAGGCCAACGUUUGUCAUGGCAGCUUUGUCUCUGUCGAAUCAGAGAGCAGAUCCUGGGGUUCAGCGGCUGUAUGGACAGACAUACACACAGACUGUAGUAUUAUUCACAAAGAUUGUAUAGAGAGAGAUUUAAUAUCACUGGCUUACAAAGUCCAAUGUCUGUGAUAUCACCAGUGUGCCUCAUCCUCUAUCCUCAAGAUGCGGUUAUAAGGAAAUAAGGAGAUUGCCCAUGUCUUGCUUCCCGUGUCCUCUCUCCUCUAUAAUUGUGCAUUUGAGUUUUCUUUGGGAUUGAACUUGGUGUACUUCAUAGAACUGUGUUCAGUGUCAGCCUUAAACUGCAGUAUUGUCAUUACAACCAGUAUUACGAAAGAUUAUUGUUUUAUGUGGAGUGAUAGCUUGACUUUUCUAAUUGGGAUUGAAUGGGAAAUUAACUUUUUUUGGUUCACUGUGACUUUUCCUCACCACACCUAUUGUUAGGACGACAGGUUAGGGAUGUUAUUGUGUUCAAAACAUCAAAUCGGAACACUACAUCACUGUAUGAAUGACAGUACCAGAUUGGUUUGAGUAGCAAAAAUGUAACAGUUGCGUAAUCUUCGUCUAGGGGAUUGUUAUCAUGUGCAUAGUGUACGCAAGCAGUGUUUUGCUGGUUCAAGCAAGGCCAUGUCAGACCCUGUAUUAUGCUGUAUAGGCUACUGUAAUUCCACAACUCAGUCCAACAGCUGACUAUAGUCUCUGUGUGGGAGUCUGCAGCGUAGCCAGCCACUGGAGAAACAAAUAUUCUCUGUUUCUAAAGAUAACAAAUGACAAUGUUGUGUGGAAAACCACUAUAAGGGAAUUUAGGCCAACACUGGAUUUUUCCUCUUCCUGUUGUUUGGCAAAUAAACAUCAGUUUAAACACAGCCACAACAUGAUUUCCCCAAUAUCACUAAAUAAGACAUCAUUUGGACACCAAACAUGUGGGAAUGGCACAUUUGAAAAUAUGGCAUGCCCCAACAUGGUUUCUGUCCACAUUUCAAGUCAAAUUAAAGAUGAAAAAAAUAAAUAAUAAUUGACUCAGCAUUUGUUUCCAGUGGAAGGUUUUCCAGGUGUCUGCACUUUCAGCAGUCCUGUAGAUGUAGUGGUAACUUGUUUAGUCGCUCACAUGUGUUCCUGUCUCCCUACAGAAGUGAGUCUAGUUUUUCUCUGUAUGUGUGAAGCUGCAGCAGCAUUGAGCCCUCUGGCUACUGGGUAGGUAGCUACGUAGCUAGCUGUCUGUCUUCCACUGCUCUGUAUUGUUCUGCAGCCACAGGGGUUUGCCCCUCCCCUGAAUCCACAGGCACUGAACAUUCUGAAACUUGGCACAUGGGGCCUUUACCCGACCCUAAACUCCCCUCCCCUAGUUAGCAACACAGUCAUGCCCAUUGCUCAGCCCGUGAGAAAACCUAGGUCUUUCUCAACAUGUGAAACUAUCCCACUUUUUUCUCUUCCUGCUUUCUUCUCUAUUUUCUCAGAGGCAGAGAGCCUAAAGAGGAGGAAAAACACAUUUUUGGGCACUGGAGGUGGUUCUGUUGACUGGCUGCGUUGGAGAAAUGGCACCACAUCCUUCUUAAUGCUCCCUGGGAGAGAAGGAAAAUCCCACCACUAGCAACUCAAUGCUGAAAUAAGGAACUGGACUAUUUAAAAGGAAAAUUAUACAUGAUGUAUGGAACGGUUGAUUGUAUUCAUUUCUGUUCCGAGUCAGUCUAGACAGUAGACAUUGAUUCGUGAAGGACCUUGUGCAGUGUGCAUGCAUCCAUCCAUCCACCAGUCAUGGCUAAACGGUACUCAACUAAUCCCGUGUGGCCUCAGGAGUACCCAACCAAACUCCAGUACUCUGGUCUCUCCGCCACACUCUUUGAACACACCAGUAUGUCAAGUUCAACAAAUGUCAGACAUCGGUGUGAUCAUUUGGAAGAUGCUUUUUCUUUUAUUACAAUGAUAUUCUAAUUUAAUAUAAUGUUAAGAGGUUAUUUAUUUUUAUAGUCCAAAUGUUUGACAGACUGGCUGUCAUAUCGCUAAGCUAACCGUGACCCGCCUUGUAACCUUGUUGAUAUGCUUACGGCCAGUGUGAGACAUAUCUUGAAACAUACUGCAUCUGCUCAGUAUUAUUAAUUAUAUUAAUCAAGAGUCUAAAUCCUGUCUGGAGGGGGGCUCUAAACUAACAAAUGGAAUUGUUAUAAGAUGGUCAUACCAAGGAUUAUUUAGCUAUUUGAUUUUGAAUGUUAAGGCUCCUUAAGGUAUCCCCCAAAAAAUAUUGGAUGAAAAAUGGAUUAGGCCUACUGUUAUUAACCAAUAGAAACACAUUGAAUAACAGAUGCACCACGUGGAACAACAGAUAGUUAAAAAAAUAUAUAUUCUAAAGAAGUUUAUUCUGAAGUGUCUGUCGAAUAUCUGAGAGAUAUGAUCAGGGAACUCUAUUUUUUUUAACAUGUAUUUAUCCCCUUAUUUUAGGCACUAAACUAUCUCAAACUAUACUUCAAUAUAUUAUUUGAACUGGUACCGGGACCUUCAGUCUUGUGAGGCUUGUGGGUGUCCUAGAGCAAAACGGAGAACAUACUUUUUUGUUGUUUUAAAAAAAUGUUAUUUUACCCCUUUUUUCUCCCCAAUUUCGUGGUAUCCAAUUGAUUUUAGUAGCUACUAUCUUGUCUCAUCGCUACAACUCCCGUACGGUCGGGAGAGACGAAGGUUGAAAGUCAUGCGUCUUCAAAACGGAGAACAUCGUCAUGUUUGGGAGAGUCUCAGCUUUCCACAGAGGGGCGACCGUUCCAGGCGCUACAAACAGAAGUUGGCAUAAAAGGCUAUACUGUCUUCAGACGAGUCUUGUGGGAAUGGUUGAGCAAAACGGAGAACAUUGUCGUGUUCGUAAGAGUCCUCUUUCAAUCGGUUGUAGGCCAAACGGUUCGGACGCUACAGAGGUUUUCGUGAGAAGACCGAUUUUCGGGAUGUCUCGUGGUCUGACAAACACCACUCUAGCUCUGCCACCUUUCACCACAGAUGCGGAAGGGUGAUAUCGGCAGAGGCGGUGGAUUGAGAUGCAGCCCAUGCAAAACAUAUCUCUAGCUUAAACAGACAGAUUGAUGUUUUUUUGUAUAAUGUUAAUUCGAUUUCCGCAGGGGUGCGGACAUUGUAAGCCAAGGGUUAAUACUUCAUUCAUUCUGUCUAUGAUUGGUAGACUAUGUAACAGUUAUAUUAAAGAUGUUUUGUAAUAAAAAAAGAAUAACCUUGA